UUGGGAAAAGCAAAACGGGAAGACUUAAAUAAGCCAAUUAGAAUAUAUUUGCAGUAGCUUCUACAAAAAAGCGAAAGGUAUCUAAAAUCAACUCCAGUGAAAGUUUGGCUUAUGUUUAGUUAUCAAAUUGUAAUUGGCGCUCAAAUUUCAAUAAACUGAAUUUGCAUGUGCGAUUGUGCGAGGGAGACGGCGCCCAAAAGUCGGCCAUACUGCAGCAAGAGUAGAUACGCAAUAUACGAAGUACUUAGCAAAACAAUGAAGGCGCACACACGCAUACACGAGCAUAUAAUAACUUAGCUCUCCUCCAAUCGCAAAUCAGUCACUAGUCAAGAAGCAUUCAGUUCGUCAGCGUACGCCAAAGUGUAUCGUUCGAAACGGUUAUCCGCGGUAUACCGCUAUGCCCGUCAAUGAUUUGCAAUCGCCCUCGAGCGAAAUGGUCAUACUCACACCGCUCACGGAGAAGCCGCCAGGACUGGAAGCGCUGGCGUCUGCACCAACGAAGGAUGGAGUGCGUGAGGGCUCUGCGGAAUCGGACAGCAGUCGUGUGGUCAUGAAGAAACAGCUGGGCUUGCUGGAGGGUGUCGCCAUAAUCUUGGGAAUUAUAUUUGGAUCUGGCAUUUUUGUAUCGCCCAAGGGUGUGAUCGCUGAAGUAGGAGCGGUUGGCACAUCUUUAGUAAUUUGGGUGCUGUGCGGAGUUCUUUCGAUGAUUGGAGCAUUAUGUUAUGCGGAGCUGGGCACGGCCAUACCAAAGUCUGGCGGUGAUUAUGCUUAUAUCUAUGAAGCGUAUGGGUCGCUGCCAGCAUUUCUGUAUCUCUGGGAUGCGAUGAUGAUAUUCGUCCCCACAACUAAUGCUAUUAUGGGUCUAACGUUUGCUUCCUACGUGUUGCAGCCAUUUUUUGAUGGUGCCUGUGAAAUACCGAAGAUUGCGCUUCAGCUGCUCGCUGCGAUCACCAUUUGUUUCCUCACAUACCUGAAUUCGUUUUACAUGCAAGUGACCACCAAAAUGCAAAACAUUAUUAUGUUUACCAAAGUUUCUGCAUUGGUGUUGAUCAUUUUGGUGGGUCUUGUGUAUAUGCUGCUUGGAAAUGUAGAGAACUUCAAUAAACCUUUCGAGGAUACAGAAACCGACCCUGGCAAGCUAUCACUAGCAUUUUACUCUGGAAUAUUCUCGUAUGCCGGCUGGAACUACUUAAACUUUAUGACUGAGGAGUUGCGAGAUCCUUAUCGCAAUUUACCACGCGCUAUUUAUAUAUCCCUGCCCCUGGUUACAGGCAUUUAUGUAUUGGCUAACAUGGCUUAUUUAGCGGUGUUAUCGCCGCCAGAGAUGAUUGCAUCAAAAGCCAUUGCGGUGACUUUUGGAAAUAAAGUUCUGGGCGGGUUUUCAUUGAUAAUCCCCAUCAUGGUCGCCAUUUCUGCAUUUGGCGGCCUAUCCGUACACAUAAUGACUUCAUCCCGCAUGUGUUUUGUGGGCGCUCGUAACGGCCACAUGCCUUCGGUGCUGUCCCACAUCAGCGUACGAAGCUAUACACCCCUGCCCUCGCUCGCCUUUUUGUGCCUGCUCUCCAUUGUGAUGCUCGUGGUCAGCGAUGUGUACGUACUGAUCACUUAUAGCAGCAUAGUGGAGUCGUUCUUUAUUAUGUUGUCCGUCUCGGCUGUGCUGUAUUUCCGCUACACGCGCCCCGGAAUGGAGCGUCCAAUUAAAGUCUCCUUGUGGAUACCCGCGGUGUUCGUUGUUGUGUGUGCCUUUCUAGUAGUCGUGCCCAUCUAUGUGGCGCCUUAUGAGGUGGGAAUGGGCGUAUUAAUCACCCUAAUUGGCAUUCCAUUUUACUAUGUGGGUGUCGUGUGGCAGAACAAACCGAAAUGGGUGCAGCACGCGAUUGAUAACAUGACGUUUACGUGCCAAAAACUGUUCAUGUCCGCGAGGGAGGAAAAGCAGGAUUAAGUGCCUGGUCGAAAAAAGUCAAUGAACGUCUACCUGAUGUCAGUGAAUUUAAAUUGCCAAUUUGGAUAAUCCCAGUGUAUUACUUACAUCUGCCUUCAAAUCCAUAUGGAAGCUACAUAACGUGACCAACCUUGACCUCAAGUUCAAAGGCAUCGAAUAUUAUUUUGCAACUUUAUUUUCUUGCCGCAUUUCAUUUAAGUCUCGCAGUCUACCAAAGUUUGUAGCCAAAGUGCAGCGGCUGAAUGUAUUAUACAUUUUAGCAUUUUAUUUAUGCUCCUUAUUAUGCAUUUGUAUAUGUAUCCUGGUCAUCAUCUGUUGCAUGUGUUUAUUUAAUUUUAAGUUCAUUUUGUUGUUACCGUUUCGUUUAUUAUUUAUUAGUAUAUAACAACAUCA